AUGCGACGAGUCGGCAUUUUUGCUUCCUGCGUUAUUCUCCGCGACGGGCGGCUUGACGAGCGGCAGCAGCCGUCGCUUGGCGCACCGCUGGACAGGGAUCAGUUGCAAGGCCUUGAGGCGGAGGCGCAGCAGCGUGGUUUCAUGCGUCGCGACAGCCCCGAUGCAAAGGUGUACAUGGAGAUGAGCUUCCGUCAGCCGGAGCGCAUUGGCGGCGGCGUGCCGGUGGCGAACCUCCCGCCAGUGAAGCGCGAGAAGACGGAGUUUGACGCGUACCAGCGCUCCACACGCGACUUCACGUCACAAGUGACGCCCUACGGCACCACUGGCGUAGGGCUUGGGGCCGGAUUCGGCGCACGGGAGGACAAACGCCUUGGAUUUCUGCGACCGCGCAAGCUGCAGCCCUUUGGCGGUGAGAGCAGCAUUGUGCCGAAGUAUGACGAGAAUGGCAUGCCAAUUGAGGCGGGACUUACGAAAGAGCAGCUGCUGAAGAAGCGCCUGGCGUAUAUGAAGAGCUUCGAGGGGACCACGAUGAGUCACCGGGAGCACUUUCUUCUUGUUGACCUGGAUUUUGAGAGGGACGCCAUGAUCUUUGGCAACACACGCGAAGAGUUUGAGAAGAAUGUUACGAAACUGAAGGAGGUCAUCAGCAAAUACACCAGGUGGGAGCGCACCGACAAUUUCUACUACUACGGCAUUAUUGCGCUGAAGGCUCUCACGGCAUGGGUGCUGAUGGAGUGCGUGCAGCAGCACUACGAACUGAAACUGCUUGCGGGGCACUACGAAGACUUUGUGGAGGCAAUGGAGGAGACAGUGAGUGGACUUGACGAGAACCUCCAGCGCGACAUGCGGAGGGCGCGGGAGGAGCUGCAGUCCCACCGGCCCGAUUUUCGACCGGUCGUGGAGGCCGUUCGACGUGAGAAGCGUCGGCUGCUUGAUGCCAAGGCAACGCGGAUGUCUGGGCCAGAUGUGUCUACUGUGAGCAACAGGAACGGCAAUGGCAAGAGCCAUUUGCCCGGCGAAGAUGUUCCUGCCGUUGGGAUUGAGGAGGCCCUGGGAGCGCACGGCGCGGAGGGAAAACAGGGACGGCAUCCACUCCCACUGGCACAAGAGAAGCUGCAGACGCAGCAGCGCCCGGCAGUGGUGCCCCUGACAGCAACCAGCGGAGUGAAGGACCAACACCCGAUGGACACCACGCACGAAGAGCUAUAUUUGACGACACUGCGGGAACAGGAGGCACAACACGAGAUGCGGCGCCUGCAGGAGGCUGCGGCGAGCAGCAGAGCAUCGUACAGCGUCUUUGGCACUCUUUGGAGGAAGUUGGGUGGUACUGGGGUUGACAGUGUUCUCGUGACGCCUCUACAGCAGGAGGACUUUGCUCGUCUUUCUUAUGCUGCAAGCCCCACGAGUAUCGAGACACUGCGCGCGAUACGCCGCAUUCUUUUACCACGAAGUGAAGAUCACAUCCAGGUUGUGCGGGAGGAGAUGCUGGAGUACAAGCAGCAGAAGGAAUCUAAACAUGUACACCCCGAGUGA